GUUAUGAACAGUGACAUAUUUGACAGUCUGCUGGCAUCAUGGCCCAGGAGUAUGCUGCUCCCUUGAUGCCAAAAGCAGGAUAUACAUGUCCAACGACGCAUUUUUCUGUCUCAACUCAGCGGCGCGCCUAGAACGGCGCGUCGAAGUCCUCAAGCUCACGCGGGGUGUCUUGUUCACGACAUCGCUUCUUUGCACGAGCGGCCAUCGAUGGAGGCGCCAUCCGACCCUAUGGCUCCCUCAAGGAGCGACAAGUACUUCUACGCUAAUGGCGACUGCUAUGUCAAGGUCCAUGAAAUCAUUUACCGAAUCCACCUAUACCACUUACGACUGCCUACUAUCUUCUUCGACCCAUUGUUGCAUUUUCAAGAGGACGGGACAACCCUCGCCAUCGGCACCGUAGGAAGUUGCGAGCAGAAUCCGCUUACAUUGGAGGGUAUAUCGAAGCAUGACUUCGAGGCGCUGUUGUGGUUCUUUUACGAGUCGCAGUACAGCUGGAGGUGUGGUGUUGCGCACGAUACGGCCGUAUGGGAGUCCAUCUUAUUGUUGGCAGAGAAGUACGCGAUGCCCAUGGUCGCGCAGGUGGCCUGUCGUGCUCUGGGGCUUGCCGAGGCCCUUGAUGAUGUUCGUAGAGUUGUGCUAGCACAAAAGUUCGGGCUGGGUGGAGACUGGGUCAUCGACAGCCUUCAGAGGGUCGUGACCCGAGAGCAGCCCAUCUCAGACGAGGAAGCUAUGCUCCUUGGGUCGAAAAUGACAGCGACACUUGCUCGAUCCCGAGAAGGUAUUCUCACAGGCCGCGCACCCUGUCCCGGGUCGUUUUGUCAUGUGGUGUCAAACCGCCGCAACAUAUCUCUAGCCCUUAAGAUAGCUCUCGAGGUCGCCCUACAAGCCUGUUUGAACACCAAGGAGCGUCUGCGGCUGAGGAAGACACGUGCUCGCCAGAGCGGCGACAUAUUUCUCAAAGUCGAAAACACAAUUUUUCGCCUCCAUUCGCAUCUCCUCGCCAGAUCCUCUGACGUGUUCUCUGCGAUGCUGUCUCUUCCCUGUGAUGGUACUACACUAAGGGAAGGCACGCAUGAAGGAAAUGCUAUCACCCUACCAGGAGUCCGAGUUGCAGAUUUUAAAGCGCUCCUUGCUUUCUUCUACGAUGGACCAUAUAUCUUUGGCAGGUCCCUGAAGAGCCUGCCUUCGACUAUAUCGGAAUCCGCUUUACAUCUGGCGGAGAGGUUCGACAUGAACGACGUAGGCAAGAUGGCCGUGUACCUACUCUGCGAGCACUCUUGUCUCGGAGACGUACGCAGGAUCUCCCUAUCCAUUAAGUACGACCUCGACAAGACUUCCCUCCUUGCGCAACUCAAGAACGUAUGCCGCCGAUCGGAUGGCCUAUCAGUCGAGGAAGGAUGCGAUGUUGGGCUGGUCAUGAGCUUGCUCAUCGCGCGCGCGAGGGAAGCACUCACCAAGCGCGCAUAUGCCGCUCGUCGUAAGUUGGAGGCCACCGACGAAGAGGCGGAAGAGGUUGUGAAGGAGGUCAUCUUGGCGGCCUACAGUUCUUGAGCGGGGCGUAGUACUAUACAUGGAACAUAUUCCAGCACCGAAGACUAUGUCAAGUCUCGAGUCUGAUAUAUAGCACAAGAUACUGUACA